AGCAAAUGAAUCACACAAUUUCGAAAUAUAUGUGAAUCACAAAAGUUCAAACCCAGAACAGCUAAAAGGUGUUAAGUUAUUUGUUUACCUUAUGGGCCUAAAACUACUUCAAAAACAACAAUCAAUAGUACUGCAAAAAUAUUUGAUUAAAAGUAAUAAUUUGCUUUAGCCCAGCAGGCCUUGCUUUAUACUUUAAAUCACUUUUUAUGUAGUAGCUUCAAUAAACAAUUUGAAAGACAAAAUAGAAUAAAACGAGGCAAAUUACUUUAAAAUAGCAAAAGAAUAUAGCGGAAGGAUAGCGUAAUUAUGGACAAUAUAAUAAAGAGUAGUGCACUCUUAGAGAUCCUCAAGUCGCCGUUGCCAGAUUUUUGUUUCGAGAGUAAGAAUGAGGACGGUGCUGGCAAUCUUGGACGUCAAAGUGCAGUAAAACUGAGUGCCGAAGCCCCGGAAUUUGUGCCUCGUUUCAAGAGGGAAGAGUCCACCGAAAAUAAAGAUGAAGAUGUGGACUUGAAUGAAUUAAAGAAAAUGUUUGAGGCCCUGGAUGAUGAGAAGGCGACUAAGCCGAUUAUGUUGAAGUUGCCCUGGAAGGGAUUUCCCAAGAGAUCUCAAAGAACUUCACACAGUACCCAGGUGGUUUUGUUGAAUGAAGUGGACUACAUGAUUGUUCCCCGCAACAAGGGGACGAAAAAGUCCAAGGAAGAAAAUCUAUUUAUUAACUCGGAUACGACGCGCCCUGAAAGCAAGGGAAAUGCCACACAGAAGAGUGCUGUUACCACUUCAUCUGAUGUCCCUCUGGAUUCCCCGCCACCUGCUGAAAAGCGUUUGAGUGCACAGGAGAGGCGUCGUGAGCAGGAGAGAAAUGUGGCUUUGGAAGCCUUGAAAUUGGCGGAACAGAGACGUAGGGGUCAUUCAGUUCCCUCCCCGGAUUGUGACCAAGCCCAUCCCAUUGUGCAUCUCUCCCGAUCGCCUCUAAGAUUUACGCCCGAGGAGAGAAUUAAAGUGGACCGCCUAAAAGCCGCAAAGCGGGAACGAAUCGAGAAGGCUCUUUUGGAAAUGGCAAAUAACCAACAGGAGCAGCAGGACAAUGGCUCGCCCAAUGAGGAGCGGACUCAGAACCAUGGGUCCAAUCGCCAUAUUAACAUUCGAAAAGAACCACAAAUGCCAGGAGAGAUGGACAUCGCCCAGACCAAAAGAUAUAUACCCACCGCCAAGGAAUGGAACGUGCAACGUCGUGCCAAGCAUAUGGCCAAGAUGGAAGCCAAAGUGGAAAAUGAAAACUGUUUUCAGCCAGCUAAAACAAGGCGAAUAUUUACCAACUCCCGUGGUAACAAUAUCAAGCCAUCGAAGUUUGCAAAAGGAGGAGAUCUUGUGGCCAAGGCCACUCCGCCAACUGAACUACUCAAAUGGGAGCAACGCAAGGGAAACCUCACCCAUUUCCGAAAGCUCCCCAAAUCGACACCCCGUCAAAUGCUCCAAACUCCGUUUAAGAUGCCAAUUAAUCUGAAGGAAGGAGACGUACAGCGCUAUAGUAUCGAGCAAUUGCUGGAAUUAGAACCACAGCCGGAAGAACUUGAAAAACCAAAUAUCGAUCAGAUUCUCAAUCGAUUGGGACUUGUGUCCCAUUGAUUUUAUCACUGUUUUGUACUCACCGUAAUAUCUGAACCUUUCAUUUUCUUUGAUUUUUUUUACAAAUUCUAUUUUGAGAUGGGUUGAUGAGUUACCAUAGUUAGCUGAAUUUGUAUUAUGUGCGUAAACUGACAAGAAAAGCCAUUUCAUAUAUGUAUAAAUAAAAUAUAAAAUGUUUUACGUUC